UACCUUAAAAUCUCCAUCAUUUUCCUCACCUCCAUCAUUUUCGUGCGCAUUUGUUACAAACAGCUCGUCGAUUUUUGUAUGAAUUCGAUAAAAUCUGCAAUGACGGAUACUUGGUCGGGGAAGUUGAUGAACGAGAAUUCGAGCCCCAAAGUAUCGGCCUCGUCGUGUACGAAAGAUGCGCGGGCUUCGCGGCGCAGGAAGAUGGAGAUGUGUAGAGCGAGAUUUGUUGCGGGGGAGGAAGAGAAUAGUAGGGGACUAAAGAGACGGAGGCUGCAGAUGUUUUCCGGCGGUGGUGGUGUGGAGGAAGGUGAGAAAGGGGAGUUGAGGAGGGAGAUGAGUUUGGUGGGGAAGAAUGAGAAAGAGGGUUUUGUGGUUUCGGAGAAGUGUCCGAGGUUUGGACAUUCGUCGAUUUGUGGGAGGAGAAGAGAUAUGGAGGAUUUUGUAGCGAUUCAUCCUUCGUUUUGUAGCAAGGAGGAUGGGGAUUCCUCGGGGUUUCACUAUUUUGGUGUUUACGAUGGACACGGAUGUUCUCAUGUAUCGAAGAGGUGUAAAGAAAGGCUGCAUGAGUUGAUAAGAGAGGAGUUGGAAGGGAAGGUGGCACUGGAGCCUACCGAGUGGCAGGAAGCUCUGCGGAGGAGCUUUAGUCGGAUGGACAAUGAGGUGAUCACGAAGAAAGAAGCUGUGGUGCUCGCCACUGGUUGCAGAUGCCAGCUGCCUUCGCCCGAGUCGGAUGCGGUUGGUUCCACGGCUGUGGUUGCGAUUGUGACGCCGGAGAAGAUUGUUGUGGCGAACUGUGGCGAUUCUAGAGCGGUUUUGUGCAGGAAAGGCAAAGCUGUUCCUCUAUCCAGAGAUCAUAAGCCUGAUCGUCCGGAUGAGCUGAGCCGAAUUGAAGCUGCUGCUAAUGUGCAUCCGCCCCUGGCUGGUGGCCGUGUUAUUUACUGGGACGGACCACGAGUCCUCGGCGUUCUCGCCAUGUCAAGAGCUAUAGGUGACAAAUAUUUAAAGCCAUACGUGAGUUGCGAACCCGAAGUGACAAUAAUAAACCGAACAGCGGACGACGAAUGUUUGAUACUAGCCAGUGAUGGAUUAUGGGACAUGGUGUCGAACCAGACUGCAUGCGGCGUCGCCCGAAUGUGUCUCGACGGAAAAGUCCCGUUGCCGGCAAAUCACUCCGGCAGCGGCGAGCCGUGCGCGGACGCUUCAUUAUUAUUGACGAAGCUAGCGUUUGUUAGGCGGAGCAGUGAUAACGUGAGUGUCGUUGUCAUCAAUCUAAAAAAAGAAGGGAGCUGACACAUAUGCUCAUGUUUUCUCGCAAUAAGUUCCUGCAAUAAGUAUUAAAAUGACACCAACUUUAGUGUUUCUGUUGGGACCUCGUUAUUUUAUGUUUUCAUGGUUUUCUUCAUGUUUUACCUAAUUCCUAUCAAUGCGGUUUUGCUAUAGAGUUGUAAAUACGUUUUAAAAUCUUCGGAGGUAAAAAUUUAUCAAAGAAUCGGUUAGAAUAUUGA